GUUUCGCGAGCCUUGGAGUCAGCUCAGUCUGAGAUCAGUUUUACACAGCGCUGGUCGCUGUUGAUUAUCGGAGGAUUAUAUGCAUCAUUAUUGAUACUAUAUACAUAUAUACAUAUUCACACUCAAAGCUUGUAAACAAACAGUUGGUAAUAUCCCAGCAAGUAGAACUGGAAAAAAAAAUAUCCCCAGGUUUUAUCUAAAGAGUGUUUCUUUUUCAAUGAGAUUGCUGAAAAAUACUUGAAGGAUUACAAUAAUUAAACUAGGAAGAUUGGAAGAUAAUUAAGGCGCUAGGAGUGAGAGCGAGAGAGAGAAAAAAACAUAAACAAAUAGGCGGUCAACCCACGCCACAGGAUCAGGUGUAGUCUCAUAUCAAGUAGGUGUGGACACAGGCAACAGGUAGAAAUUGUCUUCCAGUCCCUUGCUACCUGUAUUUCACGGAAACUCUACGCUAUAUCGAACGGGCGUAGGUAAUCUUUCAAACCUUACAGGAAAAAAAAAAAAAAAGGAUUUACUUUCAAAUUACAAGUGGUUAACGCACAGGGUUGAUAGACAGAAGGAUCGUGUUCGAGCAUUGAACAAGACAGAAUACACAUUGUUUAAAAAUCAAGGACUGUUUUUUUUUAAAAUAUUUCCUCUUUUUUUUUUGGAUUAUCAAAACUUGGAUAUAAAAAUUAUAAUUAUUCAUAAAGGAACAAUUUUCGUAUAAGGAGUUUGAGUGGCAAAUUCAUUUAUCGGAGUUACUUGUUGAACAGUUUAGAGAGUACCAGCAUUUUAGGAUUUCAGGAAAAAAAAAUUGAGUUUUACAUCAAAUGUAUAUCAAUCACUUAACAAGAAUGUCCAGUCUAGUAUGCUGUAUAUUGGUGCUUGUUUUAUCCCUGUCACAAAUGGUGUCAAGUGACUGGGAAGUAAUCAAUGACGUGGACGAACCAGAAAAUUUCUUGCUAGCAGAGGAGUUCAUCCCAGUAGAGCCUGUCUCCAAAAACUCUGCCAAGGGAAACAAGCGAAGUCUAUCUUCUGUCAAAACGACUCCCAAAGCAGACAGCGACAAAGACAAAGCCGCAGAAACGAAACCUCUUCCAGAAGCUUCUAGUGCUGGGUCGCAGCAGACAAACAAAGCCGCCACCACGUCUACAACAACUCCUGCUGCUGAAACCGAGGCUAAAAAAGUGGCAUCGGAUGACGGGGUCGACCUCAAAGUUGAAGGAUUCAUCCCAGUCGAAGAGAAGGUAAAAUCCCCGACAAGGAAGCUCGCCCAAGCUGCAGACACGAGCGCGGAAAGCAACGAUGACACUAGAAAGAAUCCAGAAUCGUCUUCGGGAAAGGCAACAUCGGCUGAUUCCGAAAAAGAACGAAAGACUUUGAUUCCAAGAUUAAAAAACAUCGAUGAACAGAAAAUUGUGGACAUCGCUUGCAUCGAUAAAAGUAGUUGGGAAUGCUUGAUGUUCAAGGAAGAUUACAUGGCCCUGAAGAAAGAUUGGAAUCUUUCCGAUCAAGCCUUAGCCAAAUUAAGAGCCAAACGUCAGGCCAGCAACGGAAACAACCCUUCCUCCACUGAAACUACCACCACCAAAACGUCUGCAACAACAAUGAUCCAAGAUCUAGGCUCAGGUCAAGAGCUGUAUACCUCCACGGUGACGAAAGUCAGUGACGUCAGCAUCAGCCAAUCAACGAAUUAUAAACUGAAAAACGCUUCGGAGGUCAUCGAUGCUACAAGAAAGCAGAAGAUUAAGGCAGAACUGGAAGAGCAGCUGAAACAGUUGUUCAAGAAUAUGACAGGAUUCAUUGGUGUCACAAUUAAAGAUGUACUCGUAAACCCUAACGGCGAGGUGGAAAUCCAGUGGCAGAUCAUAGUCAACGGGAGUGACUCUGGCUUCCUGAACGGUAACAUAACAAGCAUUCUGGACAAGCUGUUCGGGGAACUCAAUGACAUUAACGGCACCUUCAAUAAAAUCGUUGUAACCGGCCUGGAACUAGAGGGUGGUCUGAACAUCACAGACAUAGCUCAGCAAUUCGAAAAUUUUUUCAAGAAUCCUUGCCAAGGCAACCCAUGUGACAAUGGCUACGGUGGCUGCGAGGCAACCAAGGUGGACAACCGUUCGCCCUUCGAAGUGACCUGCUUCCACAACUGCAUCCUCUUUGAGAAGAACAACAACAGCUGCAUCCACGGCGAAUGUGAGCUGGAUGUGAACUUUAACGCCAUUUGCGCUUGUCCGGCCAAUUGGGAAGGUGCAUUUUGUGAAUCGAAAGUCAACAAAAAGCUGGACGCUGGUCAGAUCACCGGUGUUACGCUUGGUGCCAUAGCCGUCACUGCAGGACUCUUGGGGUGCUGUUUCUGGUUCCUUGCCUGCAGAAAAUCUGACAGGGAUAUUGCCUUCACACAUUACUCUGAUGAGGAUGGUAGUGGAUCAUUCUCUAAUCCAUCGAGCAAACUUAGUGCUUUUGUUAUAGAUAGGCCGAAAGUUUCUGUGAACCCCUUCCAAGUUUUCUCUUCUGCCAACGCUAGCUCGGUGGGAACAGCUCCCUCUUCUCAAGCCAAUUUCGGGCGUAGGUCAUCAGUAGGGAUCCUUAACUCAGACGAUGCCUUGGUGCCGCCGGAGCCUUCUACACAAUACCCUUAUUCAAACGCAUAGUUUUAGUUACUGUAUAAAUUAGUUCUUUUAUUUUCUAAUUUAGAAUAUUCCAAUUUUUUUUCAUUAUGAGGCAACAUUGGGAACACCUGGACUCGUAUGUGAGCAUUGGCUUUAAUGUUUUGUUUCGUUUACAUAUAUUUAGAUUAUCUUCCUGAUCCAAUUUUUCUGGAUCAUCGAUAGUCAUUUCCUGUUCCUUGUUUCAUUUUAUGACUCCAUUUGAUCCCAUGUUGCCUGCAAACAAUUGUUUGUAAACACCGUCACCAUUCUUUCAUUUAUUUUUUUGUCACUUUUGGGGCUGGCUCCCACUAGUACAAACUAUGAUUAUUUUUUUGUUUGUAUUUAUACAUUUAUAUGAUUGAUUUUUUUCAAAUUUCACAUCUAUAUUUCCUUUGCCAGUUUGACUGACUAUUACUUAAGUUUUAAAAACAAAAAUGUGUAUGCUAAUGUUAAUACUGUAAACCUAUACUGUGAUGGACGCAAAGCCAUAAAACGAUAUGAAUUGUCAACUUAAAUGAUACAGUACUCACAAACAGAUGACUAGCUGGCUAGUCGUCAGGUCUGUUUGGUCGCAGUACUUAAUGCACGGGUGCUUUUCUUCUUCCUUCCUUGUCACUGUUAAGUGGAAACUGCUGAGUUGGUAAGCGAUGCCUGAUGUAUGGAUGUGUCUGAACAUGAAUGAUGUAUGAUGACAUGAAUGAUGUAUGAGGACAUGAAUGAUGUAUGAGGACAUGAAUGAUGUAUGAGGACAUGAAUGAUGUGUGAUUUAAUGACGAGCGAAGACGUCAAUAUCAGAGCUGUUCUAGCCCUCCAGACAAACGAAGUAUGGCAAUUAAAAAUAUGCUACGCAUAAACCAUUCAUAUUUAUAUCAUGUGAUAUUCAAUUAAGAUUUUUUAUAUUUCAAGUCUGAAUUUAUUAUUUGUACAGUAAGUUGCCUCCAAAUCGAGCAAUGCAGUCUCUUUGUAUUUGUUUAGUUUAAAAACAAGAUAUUUUAAUUUUAAUGUAAAACUGCUAAAAUGAAGUCUGCAUUAACAUUUGUAAGCAGGAAUAUAAUAUCAUUGUUCAUUCAGUAAAAUUAUGACUAUUUGUUUAAUAGAAAAUCUAGGGACCAAAAGGUUGACAUAUUUGGAUAAUAUUUUUGUAAUUGAUAUUCAUAUAGAUCAGUGCACUGCACACCAACUCUUUGAGAUUUUCACACUAAAUGUAAUUCACAGUUUUCUGCUCUUAGUCAACAUUUACAUUUUAUUCUGCUACAAAAUAUGCAUAAAUCAUUACAGCUAUAUUGUUUUAAAAAAUGUAUAGAUCUAGUUUAUUAAUACUUCCAUAAUCUGUACGAAAAAAAGAAGCUAGCUAUUUAUGACUUUUCUGCCAUUUUAUGAAAAUCUCCACUGCUACUCUAGCCCUGAGAUUGAGAAACUGUGUUGCCAACUUUUGUAACGAAAUCUUUAGCUACUAUUUAAAAAGAAAAAGCUGAAGCUGCAUGUCUCAUAUCUUUGAAUGCUAUUUAUUUGCAAUCACUGCAUACUGCUGCAGUCUUUCGUGUUCACUAUUUAUGCUAUGUCAAAAUGUGUUUGUUUUUUCUGACACUUUCCUGUCUCUGGGUUUUUUUUGUUCUUUCAUUACGUAAUUAUUUUUUUUUUCAAAAUUAUUUUUAGCUAGGUUAUUUAUUUUUCAAUCAAGUAGGCCUAUAUUUCAAUCAAACAUUUAUAUAUCUACAUAUAAAAAAAGAAAAUGUAUUUUUUAAAAGUAUUACUGUGAUUGAUAGAAUCACAAGACGAAAUCCAUACACUAUUUUAUGGAAGACAAUUUUUUUUAUGUGAAAAUAUCUUCAUUUGUGGUGGGUAUAUUUUAUGAUGUACUAUAUGUAUAGCCUUACAUUGUAUAAAGAAAUAUUUUGGGGGAAAAUUUACGUAGUUGGCAUCUGGUUGUUUUUUUUUUUCUUUUUUCGUAAACAUCAUUUUGUUAGAGAGUACUGCAUUUAAAAAAGUAGUUUGCUUACUGCCAAAGUAGGAGUUUUCAACCUGAAUAGGCUAAUAACAUUUCACAUUGUCAGUUGUUAAGCCAUUCUGUGUAAAAGAAAACCGCUUUUUAGUUGGCAGGUCUAUCUGUUCACCUCACGAUCAGUUCUGUGCAGAGUUUCGAAUGAUAGGAAAUGCAAUAGACUUUUUUUUUUUGGUUAUCUUUUGUGUUUGAUUUACUUUGCAGUAAAUUAAAAGUAAAUGAAUCAAUCAAUCGCGUGAAUGAUUGUUACCAUUGUUGAUGUUGUUUGAUGACAUACAAAUGUAAAUAGUUGCCAACGACUAUCUUUAUGUGCCAAACCGGUUGCCAGUCAAUGUCUCGGUGGGUUUAAAUGUGCGGGCUUUGUGUGUCUAGGUUUUAUCUUAGGUAUCUUGUGGUUUUUUUUCAGUGUGUGUGGGUAAGAAGUGUCCAUAAACACCACCACAUGUAAAGUGAGUUAGAGUAAAAAUACCAAAACUGAUUGGUGUAGAGCUUCGAUCAUACAUUUUUACAUUACUGGAACUACUCUCAUCAACAGUAUCUAAGAUCUAAAAAUAAAAUUUCAAUACACAAAUUAUGGUAUAGACCUACUUGAAUAUAUUGAGGAAAAAAAAAGGAGUAACUAUAAUUUAUUUAAAUUGUACUUUCAAAGAAAACUACUUGGCGUUUAAAAAUAUUAUAAAUAAACUGUUAUGUUUUAGUCUCAAACUUUUUAGCUCUUUUGUUAGCACUAUUGUUAGCACUCAAGCAUUAUUUUUAGCACUUUGGAUGGGCCGACACAGAACACUAUAAACUGUAAAUGAUGUAUGCAAGGGACAAUGUUCAAGCUGUAUUAUGAAUGAGCCUUUUGUACAUAUAUUUAUCAAGCUCUGUUAUAAAUUGUUAUAGUGACCCGGAUGUUUGUUAUCGAUAAAUUGUUGUUACAUAAAUAUUUUGUUAUGGUAACGUCACCUUACAUACUAUGCAAAUUCUAAUCCAUUGUUGAAAAGAAAUAUUUUGAAUUACCAAAAUAAAAAUUGGUAAAAUAUGA